UAUUCACCCUAUAUAAAUAGUAAUAAGAAAAUUAAAAAGGAAAAAAAGUCCUAAAACUCCUAAACCUUUCCCAUUUUCUCUUUUCGUUCUCCUAUAAUAAGCGUCAUCCUAUUCAACUUUCCGACAUUAAAAUACAUUUCAAACCUAAAUAAUCAUCAUAAAAAAUUUCCAACGAAAUAUCAUAUAAUUCUCGUUCUUAAAAAUCCACGCCUUUCCAAACCCAGAAAACACACAAAAUUCAAGAAUUCUUUCUCGAGACAAAUACUUUUAUUCACCCUAUAUAAUAAUAAUAAUUUAAAAAUAAAAUUUAAAAAAUAAAAUAAAGAGUCCUAAAAUCCUAAAACCUCCCACUUUAUUGUCAACGCUUAGGAACCUGACACUUAACCCCCCCCCCCCCCCCGCACCUAUAUACCCCCUCUAUACCUACCCCCAGUACAGUCCUCUUCUUCCCCACCCCACCCCCUCUUCAAAAUGCUGCUUGAAUUAAUAAUAAAGUGAGUGAUUUCUUGAUUUUCAGUUUCAGUGGGGUGUUUCAUAUUCUUGAAAAAUACCAAAUGUAUCAAGUUUCUUCUGAUUUGUGCCUGCUAAACAACAUUGCUGUUUAGUGGAUUACUUCAACAGAAGUUCAAGCUGUCUAGUGUAUGGCUUGCAUUUACAAACUAGCAAAUAAUGGGCAGCAGUCGAUUUCCAAAGCGCUAUUUAAUUGUAUUUCUGACGUUCAUCUGCACUUCUGUCUGCUACAUAGAGCGUGUGGGCUUCUCUAUUGCGUAUACUGCUGCUGCUGAUGCUGCAGAAGUAAAUCAGAGUAGCAAAGGUGUGAUUUUAUCGACCUUUUACUAUGGAUAUGCAUGCUCACAAGUACCUGGUGGUUGGGCAGCUCAAAAAAUUGGUGGACGGCGUGUCCUUCUCCUUUCUUUUCUCUUGUGGUCUUUGACAUGCUUUUUUGUACCACUUGACCCCAACCAAACAAUUGUGCUGGUAAUAGCCCGCUUGCUCGUUGGUGUGGCCCAAGGUUUCAUUUUUCCGUCCAUCCACACUGUCCUCGCACAGUGGGUACCGCCGCAUGAAAGAUCGAGAUCUGUUUCCUUUACAACUUCUGGAAUGUACUUAGGUGCAUCUAUGGGAAUGCUUAUGCUUCCUAGUCUGGUGAAGUAUUGGGGUCCUCAAUCUGUAUUUUUUGCUGAAGCAGCUUUAGGUGCGAUGUGGACUUUACUUUGGUUCAGUUAUGCGGUUGAUCCACCUCGUUCUGAGCAUCCAAAAGCAACUGCGUCGGGCUUUGGGGAAUCCUUGCUGCCCCUCAAAGGGAGUUCAAAAUUGAAAUUUGAGAGUGGAGUACAUUCCACCAGAACUCCAACAAUCCCGUGGAAGCGAAUUGUCACGAGCUUACCAGUUUGGGCAAUUGUUGUGAAUAAUUUCACCUUUCAUUAUGCUCUUUACGUGCUCAUGAACUGGCUUCCUACGUACUUUGAAUUGGGUCUCCAGAUCAGCCUUCAAGAAAUGGGCUCUUCCAAGAUGAUGCCUUACCUUAACAUGUUUAUAUUCUCAAAUAUUGGUGGAGUGAUUGCCGAUCACUUCGUCACGAGGAAAAUCUUGUCUAUAACUAAAACCAGAAAACUUCUAAACACAGUGGGUUUCAUCGUAGCUUCUGUUGCACUGAUGGCUCUUCCGUACUUCAGAACACCUGACGGGACUCUAUUCUGUUCCUCCGUGGCUCUUGGUUUCUUGGCAUUAGGAAGAGCAGGUUUUGCCGUUAAUCACAUGGAUAUUGCUCCACGGUAUGCUGGAAUCAUUAUGGGAGUUUCGAAUACAGCUGGUACACUAGCUGGCAUCGUUGGUGUUGAUCUCACUGGUCGACUGCUAGAAGCUGCUAAAAACGCCCAGUUGGAUCUUACAAGUCCAGAAAGCUGGACAUCAGUGUUCUCUAUUCCGGGGCUGCUCUGCAUAUUCAGUUCUUUUGUAUUUCUAGUACUAUCAACCGGGGAGAGAAUUUUCGACUAAAGGUUUGUGCAGGUACUUUCUUAUUAUCGGAAGAAACAGUUCGAGGAGGAAGUAUACAUAGUCUUAGAUUUGCAGUUCAAAUUUGAAGGUUGUCGGAAAUAGUAAGUAUAGCUAUUUGAGGUCAUUGUUACAUUUUUAACCUGAUUUCUUUGAACCCUGCCGAUUGCUGGAGAUUAUUUCAUAUGGUUCUAUCUGCAUAUAUUUCUUUGCAGCUUAAUCGACUUAUUCUUCAUAUUUUCGACCUGUGUUCCUGGCUAUGCUGUAAUCAAUAAAUGAAAUGUUCAUCCUAUUUACGGUCAGUCGAUGCAAGUAUCGUAAAGUAUUUCAUGUAUCAUACUCAAAAUAAAAUGCUCAGCUACUUCAUA